AUGACGUUUUUGAGUCCUCCCUGCACUGAAGUUGCGCAGUUGUGUCGAUUCCGGCUGUUGCGUGAGCAUGAACAGGACAACUUCCGUCUCGAGUGGGCCAAUUGCAUUGACCGGCCGGUCGCCUGGACUCGCGCAACCGAGGCAACCAGAAGCCGAGAAAGAGGAAGAAGCGACUGCCUCUGCUCCGGGCCCUACAGGCCACACUGGCCCGGGCCUCAGCGGCCAAAUGUACCGGUUUGCUUCUGCCAGAGUCCAUCGGAAGCCGACACGUCCGAGCCACGAUCAGUGAUCACUUGCUGCCUCCUGCCGUCUUCACUCCGUUCGCGUCGCUCUUCACAUCGCCAUCUUCCCACCGUACCGCCGCCCAGUUGCCGGCCCCCGACGACAAAACCCCAUUCAGGGUACCACUUCGAUCGGACAACCCUCUAA